AGGAAAGACAGAGAGAACCCCUCGGAGUCCUCUCCAUUCACCACACCCACCCUACCUAUCAUAGACCACCUACCGGCACUGCUCCUCUAUCUAUCUACCUUGUCCCACCUCCUCCUUCGCCGUCUCCUUCGCCUCGCUCGCCCCUCGCCUUUUUUCCCCCACAAAAACACCCAAGAUUGCAUUUCUCUGGUAAAGCUUCUGUUGGGAGUUUUUCCGCGAGACCUUGAACGGGUCUCAUACCAUACUCUCGUGGCAGCAGCUACUACGGCUGAUUACAGUAUCGGUCUCCGGUUUAUCACACUUUUUCGUUCCUUAAUCUCGGUAUCUGUUUUGCUCCUCACGUCCUGUUUACUGUCCCGGUACCUUGACUUGAGCCCUUCCUCGCCUGAGCACAUCAUUUGUAUCGUCGCUUUGUCGUCGGGCAUAACCAUCCAUUUCCCACAAGGCGGGCACCGGUACGUCUAUCUUGCCUGUCGAGUACGCCGACACGUCGCUCCGACUUCUUUCCUUCAGCCGUCAUCCCGAAACGAGGAUAAAUAGUCUGAAGAAAUCUCACCGGGUCCCUUUCGUUUAGAUUUACUUUUUUGUAUUUUUUAUUCUCCUUACCAGCCAUCUACGUACCCACCAUCUUCCUAACGUUGCUGUCAAUCACCGGAGCAAUUAAUUACCCUUACAACUAUCGAUCUAGAUCGCAAAGUAACAACACAUUGACGAAAGCUCAACGAGGGGCAAUAGAUAAAUUCUCAGGAUUGUAAUCUUCUGGAGAAAAUAUUACCCGAUCCUUACGACCUUUUCCUCCAGGGCACUCUGAACAUCGUGGUCACAUAUCUAGUUUUUUAACACUCCACUGCCGAACCAUAAGGGACUCGGACACCUGCCGUUUUCGCUAUCAUAACUACUAUCCAUGUCGGCACCUGCACAGCUUCUGCGGCCGGCGAAUCCGCACAAUGGGCCCAGGGUUCCCCGGCUGGGCCUUUCGAUCCCGCCUCAACCUGGCUCGAGAUCCGUCGGUGCUCCCCAACUAGUCGGCCCCGCACGUGCCCCCCCUCAGCUACGUCUGGCUACUCCUGGGAAUCCUAGUGCCAAUGGAAUUCAACCAGUAGAUCAGAGACGGGCGCAGGCAUAUGCUAGCCCGGUGAAUACCGUUAACAAUCAGUACUCGGCUCUGGGUUAUGCUAUGGGGUUAAAAAAUCAAGUGCGGGGUUCUCCAGAAACUGCUGUUCCACGAAUGGCUAGCCAGGAAGGCGCAAACAAGAAGACUAUUGACUGGGACAAUGAUAAUUUAGACGUGGAGGAUCUUGAUGAUGAGGGGUGGAAGAAGGCCAGUGAGGAUGGGAGGAUCGUGGAACUGGGAGGUUUAGGUGAAGGGGCUGGGGGAGCGGUCACUCGCUGUAUGUUGAAGGGCGGAAAGACGCUCUUUGCUAUGAAAAUCAUCACAGCAGAUCCUAAUCCCGAGAUUCGAAAACAAAUCUUCCGUGAAUUAAGCUUCAACAAGGAAUGUAAUUCGCCCUAUAUCUGCAGAUACUUUGGUGCAUACACGGAUUUAUCUUCCGCCACGAUUUCCAUUGCUAUGGAGUUCUGUGAGGGUGGGAGCCUAGAUAGCAUUUACCGAGAGGUAAAGAAAUUAGGGGGAAGGACUGGAGAGAAGGUCCUGGGGAAGAUUGCUGAAGGGGUGUUGGAGGGGCUGACGUAUCUGAGUGGGAGAAAGAUCAUUCAUCGAGAUAUCAAGCCAUCCAACAUCUUACUGUGCAGAGAUGGGCAAGUGAAAUUGUGCGAUUUUGGUGUUUCCGGAGAACUCAUUGGAUCUAAGGGGAAUGCGGAUACCUUUAUUGGCACUUCGUACUACAUGGCUCCCGAGAGAAUCCAAGGAUUCUCCUACACCAUCACCUCCGAUGUCUGGUCUCUUGGCGUUACCCUUCUCGAGGUGGCCCAGCACCGUUUCCCAUUCGGCGAGGAGAGCGACAGUACUAAUGCCCGGUACAACCUUAUUGACCUUCUUACCUAUAUUGUUCAACAUCCUAUUCCGGAGUUGAAGGACGAACCCAAUCUUAAGAUCAAAUGGAGUCACAACUUCAAAUACUUCAUCGCUUGCUGUCUCGAAAAGGACACUCAGAGACGCGCCAGUCCAUGGAGGAUGCUGGAGCAUCCAUGGAUUAUGGAGAUGAAGAAUAAGAAGGUCAACAUGGCUAAUUUCCUUUCGCAAGUUUGGGACUGGAAAUGAGAGGUUGUGUAAGGUUUCAAAAGUUUUUUUCUGGGGCGCAAAAUUGGGAAAUGAUUUUUCGUGUUUAAAUUAAGGGUGUCCCGCUUAACUAUUUGUGAGACGGUAAGAGAAUAAGAUAUCACUCUCCCGCAUCCGGCAUAAAGUUUUGCUUGGUUAACUCCCUUCUCAUCUCUAUGUUCUUUUCUUUCUUUCCUUCUUUCUUUCCUUCUUUGCUAUUGGGUUAUUUUUUGUAUUGCAUCAGGAUGUUUUUAUUUAUUUUUUCUACCAUUUUCUCAUGAUUUGUGUUUCAUGAUUGGGGUGAGAGUGGGGGAGACUCUUAGGGGGUCUGCAGCAGUCUAGAAAUAAGAAUUUUUUUUUUA